CUGCCCAGUCAAGGCACACAAGGUCGUCGCAACAGUAGUUCGGCGAAAACAUGAUGUCCCUUGCUGCCCGGUCAGGGGCAUUUUCCCCUUACAUGCAGGCUACGGCUUUUGCGGUUGCUGGUCCCCUGAAAGCUCUGGUACCUGGUGUUGUUGUAAAGGGGGAGAAGAUUUUGUUAAACCCGAAAAAACAGUUCCUGUGCCGCGAAUCGCUGAACGGUCAAAGCCCAAAGACAGGGCCUGCUGUGACGGUUAGCAUCAAUGGCUGUGCAGGAGUCCGAUUUGCCCACACAGACGUCAGGGUACCAGACUUCUCCGACUACAGGCGCCCGGACGUGGUCGACCCCAACAAGUCCUCCCAGGAAAGCAGUGAAUCCCGAAGAGUCUUCUCGUACCUGGUCACCGGGGCCUCAACCGUGGUGGGCGUCUAUGCCGCCAAGACGGUGGUCUCUCAGUUUGUUUCUUCCAUGAGCGCCUCGGCCGACGUCCUGGCCCUGUCCAAGAUCGAAAUCAAGCUGAGCGACAUCCCCGAAGGCAAAAACAUGACCUUCAAGUGGAGAGGCAAACCGCUGUUCGUCCGCCACCGCACAGAGAAGGAGAUCGCCACAGAGGCCAACGUGAACAUGGGAGAGCUGCGCGACCCUCAGCACGACAAGGACCGGGUCAUCAAUCCCAGCUGGGUCAUCGUCCUUGGGGUGUGCACGCAUCUGGGCUGCGUGCCCAUUGCCAACGCUGGCGACUUUGGAGGUUACUACUGCCCCUGCCACGGCUCGCAUUACGACGCCUCAGGCCGCAUCAGGAAAGGCCCCGCCCCCCUCAACCUGGAGGUUCCCUACUAUGAGUUUGCAGACGAAGACACCGUGAUUGUUGGAUAAAUACCACUCCUCAGACUGAGCUCUCACUGUACUACAACAUCAAAGAUGUCCUCAAUCCAGCGAGGAAAUGUUCAGGUCUAAUAAUGCUGUGUUCAUGUCUCAUUGGCUCUGCCAGCUGGGGAAAAGCUCUUACCAUCAAUUAGGACUGGUACUGGUUUCCUCUCUGCAGCAUCUCUCGCUCAGUGUCACAAUGUUCCCAAACAUGACAGUAAAUCUACCAGUGUUGGUAGUCCUCUCUACCUGCUGUAUCAAAUGUAAUGCACUCACAUGCUAUUUACACACUGAAACAAGCAGGAGCUGCUGUGUUUUUUUUUUUAACCUCUGUCUGUGAAUGCAAUAGAAUCUGGUGAACACUGGGAAGAUGUCAUCCUCUCUUUUCUCGUCUCCUGAAUAUGGCAUGAACAUGACAUAAAAACACCUGCUUAAGUUAUAGUCCAUCUCAUUAACAAGGAACCAUUGUUAUUUUCCGGUCUGGUUAAUAAAGAUUUUAUUGUAUUUGACAACCUGGA